AUGUCAUUUUUCUCGAAGCGCCCAAAGCUUAGUAGGUACCAGACCCAGACGGAAAUAGGUCAAUUCAAACAAGUCAGAGUUCCAGGGGCUGUGGCUGACAUGGCAAGUGUCAUUACGGGUUCUCGAGAAGUGUCGACGAGGAGUAAUGACAAUUCUCCCUCCGCCCAGGGACACUCGCCGGGGGAGAUGAUUCAAAACGAGUGA